AUGUCUUUUCGAAAUUUACAACAUCUCUUGGAGACCGUCGCGGCUAGAGAAGGCAGCGGCAAUGUUAUCUCAUACCCUUUGGGCAGCCUGCACGAACCCAGAGUCUUGUCCUACAAUCAACUGUUCAUGCUAGCAUUGAAGGCAUCUCAGGUACUCCGUUCAAGAGAAGACUUUCAAAGGGGCAGGGUUGUUUUGCUUCACUUCAACGCACACUUGGACAUCAUCAUCUGGUUCUGGGCCGUACUCUUUGUUGGAUGUCUUCCUGCCUUGUCCAUUCCCUUCUCCAACCACCCUUCCCACCGCACCGCACAUCUCGAACAUCUGUCGAAAAUGCUCAGCAGCCCCAUUUGCCUGACACGAGCCAGCCUCUUACCCGAAUUCGGAGGACAAGAAGCUAUCGACCCUAUAGCUGUGGAAUCAUUCGAUGUGGAAAAUGCUUCCCCAAUGGAGUCCUCCGAUAUAUGUAGAGAUUCAAGUUCAGAUGAUAAUGCCAUCCUUAUGCUCACAUCCGGAAGCACGGGAUACUCCAAAGCCGUGUGUUUGAGCCAUGGGCAGAUUCUCGCAGCCAUUACCGGUAAAUACUGGGUUAUCGAGCUGCCUGAAAUGACCUCAUUCAUGAACUGGGUGGGCCUGGACCACGUUGCGGCCAUGAUUGAGAUCCAUCUUCAGGCAAUGUAUGGGUGCAAAGACCAGAUCCAUGUCCAGGCCCCUGAUGUUCUCUCAAACCCCAUGGCCUUCAUUGAUCUGAUACACAAGCACCGUGUCUCGAGAACGUUCGCCCCCAAUUUCUUCCUCGGCAAGAUCCGCGCUACCGUCAAGAGCCAGGGAGAGUUUGUUCAACGCGAAUGGGACCUAAGCUGUCUGCGAUAUAUUGCUUCUGGUGGAGAGGCUGUGGUAACUAGAACUUGCGAGGAGGUCUCAAAGCUCUUGGAACAAUACGGUGCCCCUCCCAACGCCAUCGUCCCUGGCUUCGGUAUGACGGAGACUUGUGCUGGCGCCAUCUUCAACACCAACUUUCCCUGCUACGAUGUUCGGAGGUCAGCGGAAUUCGCCUCUGUAGGGUCCUGCAUGCCCGGAAUCAGCAUGAGGAUCAGUGACGGAGAAAACAAGCCCCUCCCAGCAGGGGAGAUCGGGUCUCUCGAGGUCUCUGGUCCAGUCGUAUUCCAGGAGUACUUUAACAACCCAUCUGCGACUGCUGAAGCCUUCACCCCUGAUAACUGGUUCCGUACUGGCGAUCGCGGUGUCAUUGACGAGGCUGGUAACCUCACCCUCGUCGGUCGAGCGAAGGAAACUAUGAUUGUCAACGGGGUGAAUUACUAUCCCCACGCCAUCGAAAGCGCUCUGGACGAGGCCAACAUCCCCGGCCUCACCCGCAGUUUCAACUGCUGCUUCUCCUCUUUUCCUCCCGGAGGCGACACGGAGGAGAUCGUCGUUGUUUACUUGCCAGACUACGCCCCCGAAGACAUGAUUGCCCGCGUACAGACGACCGACGCCAUGUCCAAGGUUGUCAUGAUGUCCACUGGCUGCCGGCCGAAGCUCCUGCCGCUUGAUCGAUCCAUGCUGCAGAAAUCCGCCAUUGGCAAACUGUCUCGGGCGAAGAUCAAGACCGCCUACGAGAAGGGCGACUACCAGAACUACCUCGAAAUCAACGAAGAGAUGGUGAAGCUCUACCGCCGCGUCACGCGCAAGGACCCGAAAGAUGCCCUCGAGCAGCAGCUCCUCUCCAUCUUCACCAAUUCCCUUGACCUUCCCGCGGGCGAAUUUGACGUACAGACCCCCAUCUUUGACAUGGGCAUCACGUCCAUUGAACUGAUCAAGCUCAAGAAGAACAUCGAGGAGCACCUCGAUCUGACCCAAGAGCUGCCCAUGAUUACCCUCAUGACCAACAGCACGGUCCGCGACCUCGCCAGCGCCCUCCACGACCUCCAGCAAAAGCAGCAGGAGUAUAACCCGGUCGUCAAGCUUCAAGGCCAAGGGAGCAAAAAACCCCUGUGGCUCGUCCACCCCGGCGUCGGAGAGGUGCUCGUCUUCCUCAACCUGGCCAAGUUCCUCGUCGACCGGCCCGUGUACGCCCUCCGGGCGCGGGGCUUCAACGACGGCGAGACCCCCUUCGAGACGAUCGAGGAGGUCGUUGCGACCUACCACGCGGCCAUCAAGCGCGAGCAGCCCGAGGGGCCUUACGCGCUGGCCGGGUACUCGUACGGCUCGAUGCUCGCCUUCGAGGUUGGCAAGGUGCUGGAGUCCCACGGCGACGAUGUCCGCUUCCUGGGCUCCUUUAACCUGCCCCCGCACAUUAAGGCCCGGAUGCGCCAGCUCGACUGGAAGGAAUGCCUGCUCCACCUGUCCUACUUCCUGGACUUAAUCACCGAGGCACGCUCGCGCGAGCUGUCCCAGGAGUUUUUAAUGGCUGAAGGCGGAACGACGAGGGAGGAGGCGCUGGCCCGCGUCAUGGCAGAGGCCGACCAGGCCCGGCUGAACGAGCUGGCGCUGUCCGAAGCCGCGCUGGUCAAAUGGGCCAGCCUGGCCUUCUCGCUGCAGAGCAUGGCCGUCGACUACGACCCCAGCGGGAGCAUCGCCGGCAUGGACGUCUUCUACUGCAUCCCGCUGGCGGUGGUCGCGUCGUCGAAGAAGCAGUGGCGCGAGGAGCAGUUGAGCAAGUGGGAGGACUUUACACGCUCGGCACCCCGGUUCCAUGAUGUCGGUGGGGCGCAUUAUACUAUGUUGAGUCCUGAGCAUGUCUUUGGCUUCCAGAAGACUCUUCGUGCCGCUUUGGAUGCACGAGACACUUGGAUCAUCUUUCCGGUCAUUCUUGCUCAGACUAAGUAGAGCGUUUCUUAUUUGUCGUCUGUAUAUUCAAGCAUGUACAGUACACAUUUGCUUUUCAACGCCGCCGUAUCCCCCACACCGCAUUGCCUGAUGAACCUGCUGCUCCCUGAGCUAUAUAUUGUAAGAUAAACACAUCCAAGAAGAGAAAUAGAUAAGACCAAAAGGAGAAGGAUUAACCCCAUACAAAAGUGUUAAAACCACGAAAGGGAAAUAACACAAAAAGAAAUGAUCAAAAAGAGGCCUCCAUAGGAAACCAGGAGCUGGGCGUCCAUCUCUCCGGAAUGUGACAACAAGAUAUUUACUCCAUAAAUUCUGAUCGCACAGUUCCAAUCCCGACUCCAGCCAAGUGAAGCGAUGCAGAUACCCACAGAUAUCCACUUCAAAUAAGCCCCCCUUCACUGACUCUUCUUCUCCUCCUGAGCAGGCUGCUCGACCGCCUCGCGACGCGCCUUCUUCUUGCCAGCGCUCUUGUACUUGGGCUUGG